AAUCAUCAUAUUCCAUGCACCGGAAGUGGAAGUGGAAGUAGAACCGGAAGUGAUCGAACAGUGUCUGUUUUGAUGGUGAUCGUGGUGGUGAUUUUAUUGCAGGGCGAUUAAGUUACAUUUACAGAUUGAUGUCAUUUGGUGAAACUCAGAACAGCGGGCGGCGUAGUAAAUGGGACCAGGCCGCUCCGUCUUCUGGCGCUCUGGAUGCCGCCGCUGCCGUCGCUGCCAAAAUCAAUGCCAUGCUGGUGGCUAAAGGCAAACUGAACCCAGCACAGAUUAACACACACACACCCGGGGACACGGCUGCAGGUGGAGGAACUAAGAACUCAGCAAAGGCAAGGGAUGACCUGGUGGUGGCUGAGGUGGAGAUAAACGAUGUGCCACUCACUUGCAGGAAUCUGCUGACCCGAGGACAAACGCAAGAUGAGAUCAGCAGGGUGAGUGGGGCAGCUGUGUCCACCAGAGGGCGCUACAUGACCGCAGAGGAGAAGGCCAAAGCUCUUCCCAGUGACCGUCCACUCUACCUCCAUGUCCAAGGCCAAACCAGAGAGCUUGUGGACAAGGCUGUGAACAGGAUUAAGGAGCUCAUCACUAAUGGAGUGGUUAAAGCGGCAGUGUCUCAACCCCCUCCCUCUAUGCUGCCUCCCGCAGGACCCAAACCUCACUGUCCUGGGGUGAAGGUGUUUGUGGGACUGGACCAUGCUCUUCCUGGUUUCUCGGUGAAGGAGCGGGUUGAGGGACCAAACUGUUUUUACUUUCAACACAUCCAGAACGAAACAGGAGCCAAGCUAUUCUUGCGUGGUCAAAGGUCAGGCUGCAUUGAGCCAGCAUCUGGGCGAGAGGCUUUCGAGCCAAUGCACAUCUAUAUUAGUCACCCCAAACCAGAGGGUAUUGCUGCUGCUAAGACGCUCUGUGAGAACUUGCUGCAGACGGUACAUGCAGAGUAUUCCCGCUACGUAAAUGAGAUGAGUGCUGUAAUGCCCACACAAGGUUUUCUCCCCCCUCCUGGGGUAAAUGGUAUGCCCCAGUAUUACUCCCCUCCUGUGCCCCCUGUGGCCCCAGUGCCUGCUCAUUACCCCAUUCCCCCUCCGACAGUAUUGACCACUGCAGCCCCAGAGCCUACAGUACCCCCUACUGCCCCAUAUCACAUCACACCCCCACUCACAGCCAACCACACACAGCCCCUCCCACCAGCCGUGUAUCCACUUGUGGCUCCACCCCAACAUAUGAUUUCAUCUCCCGUCAAGCCUGCAGCUCCACCUCCCUCCAAACCUGUGUCUCAGACAAAAUCAGUGGCUCCACCCCCUGCCCAGAAACGCCGCUUCACUGAGGAAGUGCCUGAGGAGAGCGAUACCGGCCUGCUGGGGUACCAGCAUGGACCCAUUCAUGUGACUAAUUUAGGUUCAGGCUUCUCAGUGGGCAGCCCCGAGACUGCAGGACCACAACACAGCAUUUCUACUUCCUGUGGGGAGAGACAGGAGAGAGACAGUAGGCAGAUGAUGCCCCCUCUACCCCCUCCACUGAGCAGUCGAAUGAAAGAGCAGAAAAGUGACGAGAGAACACACAUCUCCCUGGCUCCUCAGGUAAAGCGCAUCAAGACGGGGUUGGUGUCUUACUCUGGAGAUUCUUCUGAUGAAGAGGAAGAGCUUGCAUCUCAGAAAUUGGGUGAGGCCAAUGUAGUUGGCUCCUCCCAUUCAACAUGGACUGCUGGGACAUUUAGAUGUCCUGCCUCCUCUCAGCCAAAACAGCCCAAAACACAGACCACACAGUCAAUGCCUUUCUGGAUGGCACCAUGAGAGGGAGGUGUAACACACACACACACACAAACACACACACUGCCUUGUGACAAGAAUUUCCUGGGCACAGAUUAAGUUAUAUUUUAUCCACCAAUUGUAAACUUAGUCAUGUGACAUUAUUAGUUUUUCUUUUCUGUAGAUAUAUUAAGACAGCAGUGUGCUAGUACGAGCUCGCCAACUCUUUUGCAAUUGGUUGAUAAAAUGUAACAAAUGUGGCUUCGUUAUGAACCAGAGAUACCUGUUACAUGGCUGCAUCAAUACACUACACACCCAUUUCUGUUUCUUUCUGCUUACAGUAAUCGUGAAAAACAUUCAUUAAUGUAUAAAUAAGUCAUGUAACAGACAGGACGUGAUGUACAGGUGUAAUGUAAUGAACUGGAGAACAGUGUGAGUGUUUAUUUCUCAGAAUAAACUGCUUUAUCUUA